AUGAAUGAAUUAGAUCGGAUAAAGACUUUAAUUUUGAAUGUUCUUGAUCAUGGAGAUAUAAAAGAUACGCUUGAUUUGUUUUUAGAUGAUCAAAAACAGCCAAUUGAUCAGCAAAAAAUCCAAGGAUGUUUAAAUUCUCUUGUAAGUAAAGAGAUGGUUAAAUACAAAACUAUUGAAAAAGAGUAUUUUUCAUUAACUUUAGAGGCGGAAGAAAUUAUUUUGAAUGGGAGUCACGAAGCAAGAGUUUUUAAUGCUAUUUCAUUGGCAAAAGAUGGGUUAACUUUAGAUGAACUUAAAUUAACUGUGGGAUCAUCUUUAGAAUUUGGAUUAAGACAAAUAUUUAAAAAUCAAUGGGUUAAAAAAGUUAAUAAUAAGUUAAUUAAAAAUGUUGAUUCUAUUGUGGAUACUGUUUCUGAUAAUUUGAAAAUAAUAAAGGAAAAAGGAAAUCAUCCUGAUAUAAACGUUAUUACAGAUCUUCGAAAGCGUAAAUUAUUGGAAAAAAAGAAAGAAAUAUCUUUUUCAGUAGAAAAAGGGCCCGAAUUCUCUCUUACUAUUUCAGAUAAGAUAACAGAUCUUACAACAGCAAUAUUACAAUCAAAACUAUAUGAAUCAUUAGAGUUUAAACCAUAUAAUUUUAAUGCUAAGGGAGUUACCCUUCAGACUGGAUCAUUACAUCCACUUUUGAAAAUGAAAGAGGAAUUUAGGCAAAUAUUUUUUGAAAUGGGGUUUGAAGAAAUGGCAACUAACAAAUUUGUUGAAUCAUGCUUUUGGAAUUUUGAUUCACUUUUUGUUCCUCAGCAACAUCCUGCUCGAGAGACUCAAGAUACAUUUUAUAUUAAGUCACCUGAUUUUUCUAAACCUAUAAAAGAACAGAAAUAUGUUGAUGCUGUUCGUCGUGUACAUGAAAAAGGCGAUUAUGGAUCUAUUGGAUAUCGAUAUCCUUGGUCUAUAGAAGAAUCUAGAAAGCUUGUAUUACGAACUCAUACAACGUCGGUAUCCUCUCUUACACUUUAUAAGUUGGCAAAUCAAGAAGGUGGGUUUAAACCUGCAAAGUAUUUCUCAAUAGAUCGCGUUUUUCGAAAUGAGGCCAUUGAUGCAACGCAUUUAGCAGAAUUUCACCAAGUUGAAGGUAUUAUUGCGGAUUAUGAUUUAACUCUUGGCGAUCUCAUUGGUUUCAUGGAAAUAUUUUAUGGUAAAAUGGGUGUAAAAAAAUUAAAAUUUAAACCAGCGUAUAAUCCGUAUACUGAGCCUUCUCUUGAAAUAUUUUCCUAUCAUGAAGGAUUAAAGCGAUGGGUUGAAAUUGGAAAUAGUGGCAUGUUUCGUCCAGAAAUGUUGGAGCCAAUGGGGUUUCCUAAAAAUGUAAGGGUUCAUGGUUGGGGUCUUAGUUUAGAGCGUUUAACUAUGAUUAAAUAUAAUAUCAAUAAUAUUAGGGAUCUUCUGGGUCAUAAAGUUAGUUUAGAUAUAAUUCAAAAUAAUCCUGCAGUAAGACUAGAUAAAGGGAUUGUUUAA